UGUGUGGAAUCUGAUAUUCUAGCCCUGGAAACCCCAGGCGCCUUUCUGCUUCAACAAGGCUAUAAAGCAAUUAUAAUUUCAGGAGGUCUUAACUCAGUGUACGCGGCUGAUGCCCCACUAUACGACCCAGCAAUCUUUAGGCUGCGGUCUUCCAGUGCUGGGAAUUUGUUAUGGCAAGCAAAUACUCAACAAGGAGUUAGGGCUUCUUCGUGCCCUGAUGCCAUAAAGACUCAUAAUAACGAUUCCGAAAUGGUUCGUCAGUUGCACCUUCACGACCGUAUAGUAGAACCUUUUAAAGACUUCCAUAUAGAUGAAGUAAGAACCUUAGGUCGCGAGCUGGGUCUGCCCGCAGAAUUACUGGAACGUCACCCGUUUCCUAGUACCGGUCUGUCAAUUCGAAUCAUUUACGCCGAAGAACUAUUCAUGGAAGCUGAUUUCGAUGAGAAACAAGUGCUGAUUCGUUUGAUGGUCGAUUAUGCUAAAAUUACGUCGGAAGAAGAUCGUUUUCUUCUGGAAGAACUGUCUAGUCGCAACCAGUAUGUUGCCACGCUACUGCCGAUUCGCAUUGUCGGUGUUCAGGUACAAGAGCUUCGCAAUUUAGACGUUAUGUUGGUGGAGUAUCAACAGAAUGUUUAUGGAUCAAUGGUUAUAUCGUCAUAAUGAAUAGUAGGUCAGUGGUUCGACCCCCAUUAGAGUGAACUGUUCGAACUAAACAUGAUUUAUGUUGAUGAUUUAUGUUAUCGUUUUCGACUGAAAAUCAUAACAUGAAUUUUCAAUCUGCACAAUUUCUGUUAUCUCUAAGUGUCCACAUGUUGCAACUACAUUAUAUAGAAAUACAGUCAACAUGUUCAUGUAA